CUCUCCUGACUGCAUUAGGAGCCUCCAGCCUUUGUGAUUCCUUUUGAUCAAAUCUCUGUGAGAGACGCGUGUCAUGCCCUCUUCCAGCCAGCUGUGAGGGGACUGGCCCGCCACCCAGUGGGGGAGGUGUGUGUGUGUGUGUGUGUGUGUAUGUGUGUGUGUGUGUGUGUGUGAGUGAGAGAGAGAGAGAGAUCUCCUAAGGUGAGAGGCAGAGAGUACGGCGGGUAGGAGGGUCUCAUUCCACUCCCCAGCGCCCAGUUCCUGCACACACUCAUCCUGGACGCUUUAGAGCCGCUCACACACUCACACGGGCCUGUGGACGAGCGGCGCGUUUGUCGAUUGCAGGAGAAAGUGUGUGUUGUGUGGGUGAGUGUGACUGAACUGUGAGUGAUGGAUCUCUCGCAGUAGAACGUAGAACUUGUACAGACAGGAGCUGCUGGAAUGGCAAACUGCUCAGAAACACUGGAAACUUCAGUCUGAUCAAAAUGUCUGAGGCUAUUUGCUGCACGGUGGUGAACUGCAACUGUGACAGUUUCAAACCUGGUAAACUGAGGCGGCGACUCUGUGAACACUGUAGGCACGGCUGGGUCGCCCAUGCUCUCAGUAAGCUGAAGGUCCAUCACAUGUACCAAGGAAGCCAGGUGGAGAUUGUUCACUCCAAUGUGGUGUUUGAUAUCUGUAGUCUGAUGCUUUAUGGGACGCAGGCAAUUCCAGUGCGUCUCAAGAUCCUGCUGGACCGACUCUUCAGCGUCCUUAAGCAGGAGGAGGUUAUUCAGAUCCUAAAUGCACUGGACUGGACUCUCCAGGACUACAUCCGUGGUUAUGUCCUGCAGGAUGUGGCCGGUAAGGUUUUGGACCGCUGGGCCAUAAUGACCUUUGAAGAGGAGAUCGUAACGUUGCAGCAAUUCCUGCGUUUUGGAGAGACCAAGUCCAUCGUGGAGCUCAUGGCCCUGCAGGAUAAGGAGGGACAGGCUGUUGUUGUUCCGACCCCUAGGACCAAUUCUGACAUCCGCAGCUUCAUUGAAAGCAGUACACAGCGCUCUGUGCGGCCGCCCGCUAAAGCAGAAGCACCCAGUUGUAGUAACGGACACCAUUUUGAGACGCUAGUGAACAGUAUGGCUCUCAUGCUGCCACUGCAACUGCUGAAUUCUGUUCCACCAUUGCUGAGCUCCAGUACUGAGUCCAGCCACCAGGAGGCACAAAUGAGACACGAGACAUCAGAACUAGGUCUUGACAACACUGCUCCGUUCGACACGGGCCCUGUGAGAGCAGAGGUGCUGCUGGACACACAGUCUCCAAAGAUGGAGUCGGAAGAGUUUAAUGUGAGUGAAAACUCUUCUCCCUCCACGCCUUGUACGUCCUCCAUCACUUCUGAAAUCACACACAUGUCACCCGAGAACAAGAUGCGGUGUGCAGAGAAGAGCGGAUCCUUGAAGAAGGGCCGUGUGUUCUGCAGUGCCUGUGAGAAGACCUUCUAUGAUAAGGGCACGCUGAAGAUACACUAUAAUGCCGUUCAUCUGAAGAUCAAACACAAGUGCACCAUUGAGGGCUGCAACAUGGUGUUCAGCUCUUUACGCAGUCGAAACAGGCACAGUGCGAAUCCGAACCCACGGCUGCACAUGCCAAUGAACCGCAAUAAUCGCGACAAGGACCUGCGGGGCGGUCUGAGCCCAAGGCAGGAGGACGAGGCCGAGGGUGAGAAGAGAGAGUUCGCCUCCAUCCCAGAGAGCAGGACUGUCUCAAGUUUCAUCAUCCGCAACUCUGAGCCCAAACUACACGGCUCUUUAUCCGGCAUGAGCCAGAGCGGAAUCCUCUUUCCCAACCUAAAGACUGUGCAGCCCGUGCUUCCCUUUUACCGAAGCCUGGUGACCCCAGCCGAGCUGGCUCAUACGCCGGGCAGCUUGCCCUCCCUCCCGCUGCUGUCCUCCUCUGUGCCCGUCAGCACCAGUCACGUGCAGACCGACACGGAGCCGGUGCCCAAGAAGAAGUCUCGGAAGUCCAGCAUGCCCAUCAAAAUCGAGAAGGAUGAGCUGGCAGCAGAGGGCAUGUCCGAGGAGGAGACUCCGCCCCUCAGCCCCUGUACAGACACAGAAAAGUGUGACAUCAGCAGCAUGGGGCGUGAACCUGUGGACUGUGAUGUUCUUCUCCGAUCCACCCCCAACUCCCAGGACACAGAAUGGGACAAAAUGACUCAGGAGGACAGUCGUAUCAUCUCACCGUCUUCUCCUUCUCUCUUUCACACUAAACGGAAUGAUGAGAAAGAAAGGGAGUCCUCAAAAUGUGAAGAACCAACAUGCAGUUCACGGCCAGACCAACCCUGCAGCCACCGACCGGCCCAUUUCACACACAGCAGUGAAAACUGUGCAGACGGCUGCAGUGACCCAGAGACCAUAUGUACAGAUGAUAAGGAAGAGCAGUCGCACCCUUGUGAGAUCUGCAGCAAGACAUUUAAAAACCCUUACAGUGUCAAAAUGCAUUAUCGAAACGUGCACUUAAAGGAGAUGCACAUGUGCACAGUGGAUGGCUGCAAUGCUGCUUUUCCUUCCCGUCGCAGCAGAGACCGACACAGUGCAAACCUGAAUCUGCACCACAGGCUGUUGACCAAAGAUCAUUCAGGAACAUCUUCUCUCCGCAGAGAGCAUCCAGAUCUCCCUCACAAAGAGCCCCUCAGUCAGAUGUCUGUCAUCCUCAAAGGGAGUCACCGUACAGGCCUCGUCUUCCCCAUGAGUAAAUCACUGGAAAGAGCAACUGAGCCAGUAGAGGGUGCUGCAGAGAAUGAAGCUGUAUUGGACCUGAGCACCAGAGGAAGCGCCCACUCAUCCUGGGACUCAGACAUGGGCAGUGAGGAAGGGCUCCCUCUAGAGGACAGCGACGAGAGCUGCGACGGGCUGAGUGUCGGAGGGGCCGCGUCUCCACCUUGCCUCAGCCAGCAGUCCCACAGCUUAUCACCCAUCACUUGCCAUCUCUGUCAGAAAGUUUACAGCAACAAAGGCACAUUCAGGGCUCAUUACAAAACAGUGCACCUUCGCCUCCUUCACAAGUGCAAAGUUCCAGGGUGUGACACUACAUUCUCCUCUGUUCGGAGCCGCAACCGACACAGUCAGAAUCCAAAUCUACACCGUAACCUUACGAUGAAUACCUCCCUCAGUCAGGAGUAGGACACACACACACACACACACACACAGAGCCAUAUUCUCCUAAAUAUACAUACUCAGAGAUUCACUCUUAACAAUUUGGGUUCAUAAGCACUCUGGUCAUUGUACUGUACAAUCAAGCACAACUGGAAGGACAAUCAUAUUUAUAAUAAACCCUGAUGUCUUUUACCUUUUUAUUGUUAAGAUAUGUUUUCAUCUCUACCGUAAUAUCUACUUGAGGAUCUUUACUUAUAUUUAUUGAUUUUUUUGAGAGUAGGACAGAAAGACAUAUGCCUAAAAUGACUGAAGAAAUGACAAAGCAAAAGACUGAAGAGACAGUGAUGCUCGCCAACACACAGGAAAGCACAUGCAAAAUCAUUUUAAUCACCUUUAGAGAUCCUUAAAAACAAUUAGUGCUGUUAUACAGUAUGUUUAGUCCCUCAUUUUUUAUCCAAAGCUACAUAAAAAUGAUGUUGUGUUUUUUUCUUCUCUGCACUUAUCCACUGAGGGGACACAUUUCUCCUCAUCAUGAGACUGGGACAGAACAUUGAUACAGCACGACUACAGCAGAUUAGAGAAAGAGCGAGCGAGCACUAUCGAGUACUGGCGAGAGAGUGAUUAGAAGCCUGAGCUGUUUGAAGGUGCAGGACUCGCAUGUGCUGCAGGCAGUUUUCUGGUAAUACAUUUGUGUUUGCUUGCUGUUCAGAUUUGUUUUUAUUACAAAAGAUUUAGUGAAGUUGAUAGAUUGUGUUGCCAUUUCAAUCAAUAUGCUCUUUAAAGAGACUGUUGUGUUCUUGUUGAGUAAGUUAUUGUAUGUAUGUUUUAUUUUAGGGGCCAAGCACCUGCAGUGUUUGUUCGUUUUCUUCUCAUGUCAUGGGAGUCUGUGACGUCCCUAGAGCACAUUUGGGGUCUAUCACUUAAACUCUAUACCACAAAAAAGUUCAAAUUCUCACUUUUCUUUUGCCUUUAACUAUUCAACCAUGCGGCUUAGCUACAUAAUUCUUUGUGAUGAAAUGCAUUAUUUCGGCAGGACUGGCUUUGUGUUCUCACUCUAUUCUUGUUGUGAAAUUUGAAGAAAUCAGUGAAAUCUGUCUUACUGUUAUUUCAGUCUGAAUCCUUGCUGUCACAGUCAUUUUUACAAUUGUUACAUUAAAUAAUGCUAUAUCCUAUUAAAUUGACUUGUAACUCCCGCUGUCGUGCUUGGCCCCUUAAUUGCUGCUUGCAGCUAUAUUUGCUAUAGUUGUUAUUCUUGUGGAAACCAAAGAUUCUUGAGCAACAGAAGAGUAAAACUGCUCACAUGGACACACCAGGGUCCUUGUAAAUGCUGAAACACAGGUUGUCCUAAAAGCCUGAAGAUUCAGUUUUGUAAUACAUUUGCAUCAGUUUAACAAGAUGUUGCUUUAUAAUGAGCAUGAGGAAUUAGUAAAGUCACAGGAUCAUACUAGUGAAGGGUUAGGCUGAGGUCAGCAAAUGAAGAUUUUCUGAUGCUAAUACAUCUGUUUGUGAAUCAGAGCUCAACAAAAUGACUCUUACAAUGGUAGAGCGAGAAGACUCCCACAAACACACACAAACCUGUGGACAUUUAUUCCUCUAACUUUUAACUUUGCUUUAUAUGUACAAUCUUUUGUAACCACCCCCCACUACCACCAAAAGUGUAUGGUGAGAUGUGAUAAGCAGGGUUAUCAGGAUUAUGACACCAAUCUAAUGCUAACCCACAGUCAUUUAUUUGUGUUCCAUCAUUUUUGUUUGCGUUAAUAAACAAUCUAAAAAUA